AUGGCAUCCACGAAACGAGUAUGUGGAAAGUGUAACAAAGGUGCAGGAACUGCGAUGUGCUACGGAUGUGAACAAGCUUUCUGUACGAAACAUUUCAUUGAACAUCGACAAGAACUUGCUCAACAAAUGGAAUACAUCGGACAAGAACAUGAUGUUUUACAACGUGAUUUGACUCAUGAUCAUAGUAAACAUGCGCUCCUAACACGCAUCAAUCAAUGGGAGCAAGAAUCGUUAACAAAAAUUCAAAUCGCCGCUCAAGCAGCACGUACAACUCUUCAACAAUUGCUUAACCGACCGAAGAACAAUCUGCAAGUAUCGAUCAGCAAAGUCACCGAAGAACUCCAAUCCAGUCGCGAAUUGGAUGAUUAUACGGAAUUAGACAUCAAACGAUGGACAGAUCAAUUGCAAGAAUUUCGCAAAAUACUCGAUUGUCCUAUUCCUGUCAACCUUGAGUAUGAAAAAGAUUCUCGAUCAGCAAUACGUUUAUUGAAAAUAACUGAACCACAACCAUUAGACACUCAUUACCAAACAACACAAAUACAUGAAUUGAGUGAUUGGAAAACUCCUGUGUCCGAUGGAAAUUUUGCCGAAAGAUUCGAGGAUAUUUUUGGGAAAGUUACUUUAUCCGAAAACGGUCUCGUUGCUACUUGUUUCGGUGGCCAUGCAGAUCGAUCUUGUGUUGGUGGUACCGGUCGCUAUUCAACUGGAGUACACUACACUCAUUUUCGUAUUGAACAAACUAGUACGCACUAUCAUUCAUUCUUCGGAAUCAUUAAUGCAUCAGAAAAAAUGACAUAUGACAUAUGGAAUUCGACCUCGUUCCAUGGCUGGUGGGAUUUAGAUUAUAAUGUCAUUAGUGGUAAGAGCAAUCGACGUCUCUCACCUGAAACGAUUCGAAUGGGUGAUGAAGUUACUUUGAUGCUUGACUGUAUCAAUCGACGCAUGCAAUUAGAACAUCAUCGAACCAAUCGAACAGUGAAUAUGCCGAUCGAUCUUCAACUGUGCCCAUUCCCUUGGAAAAUCAUCGUUCUACUACUUGGAAAAGACGAUUGUAUACAUGAAGGUUUCACCAAUUUCUUUUUGACAAUUAAAAUGAAAGAAGAAUGUAGUAAAUGUAAGAAGUCCCUUCAAGUCUCAUCAUGUCACGGAUGUGAACAAAGAUUUUGUGCUGAACAUGUUCGUGAACAUCGACAAGAGUUAACGCAACAACUUCAGCAUAUUAUUGCGAAUUAUCACGAUUUUGAAAACGAAUUUAACAGUGAUGAUCUCCUUCGGCCGUAUCUUUCUCGUGUUGAACGAUGGGAACACGAAUCGAUUUUGAGAGUUCAACGAUCAGCUGAACGAGCUCGCAAUGAUUUGCGCCAAAUUCAUGAACAAUUGAAAAGCAAUUUUAAAUCUUCAAUCGAUCAAAUCUCGACAGAUAUCGAACACGUGCGACAAGCCAACGAUUACACAGAGAUCGAUUUGAAGAAAUGGAGAAAACAAUUAAAACAACUUCAACAUGUUCUUAAAACCUCAUUCACCGAAGAUAUGAUCGACGACAGUCAAUCUUCGAUUCCAAUGCUACAAGUUAUCGUUAAAAACCAUGCUCGGACAUCCGACGUGUCUGAUCUACUUCCUCGUCUAAAAUUCGAUCGAGGUUUCGGUAAAAUACGACUCUCAAGUGACAAACAAAUCGUCAAAUGCACAGGAAGUCAUUGGAAUGGUUCGACAAUUUGUUGUAACACUCUCUACGUAUCCGGCAUCCACAAAAUCCGUUUUCAUAUCAAUCAAAUGGGUAAACAGAAUCCCUUCUUUGGUAUCGUGUCCACUCUCGAAGAUGCCAAUCCCUGGAAUCAUAAAACACCAUUUGCUUAUGGUUGGUGGAAGAUUCCCUGGGAUCGUGAGAAGCCUACGGAAGAUACGAGCAUUCAGACGGGUGACGAAAUGACCUUAACAAUCAAUUGUACAAAUAACGAAAUUGAAUUAGAAAAUCAUCGAACAAAUCAAUAUACAUUCGAGCGUGUUACAUAUGAAAAAUGUCCUUUUCCUUGGAAAAUUGCCAUUGUUCUCUAUUCUCCGGGCGAUUCGAUUAGUAUUGUAUCGUAG